AUGACGAUCAGUGAUGAAACUGUCAUUACAAAUUCCGACAUAAUUGAAGAUGACAUCUUUCUAUCUCUUGCCAAAUACGAAGACAUCAUUGAUGGGACCUUAAAGACCCACUUCCUUAUCGAUGUCAUGGGAAAAAUUGUAAGCCUUGAACCAGUUCAAACAGUGCAAGUGAAAGGAGAAGACCGGAAGAAAGUUCAGUUUCGUUUGGUUGACUCAAGUGGUAAGGACAUUUCAUGUUGCUUGUGGGGAAAAUAUGCUGAGCAAUUGGAGAGUUAUGUUGAAUGUGAACAACCACUGAUCUGUUUGAUCAGAUUCGCCAAAAUAAGUUUCUAUAGAGGUGAGGUGCAAAUAACAAAUGCAUUUGAUGCAUCCAUUGUUUAUCUUGAUCCAACAUUGAAAGAGACAUUACAGUUCAAGGAAAAGCUGAUGGAAGACAAUCUCCCUCUUUCUCUUAUUGAGAAGAGAAAUGGUAAGAAAGAGGUGGAGAACUGUAAAAUCAUUUGUUCAAUAGAAGCUAUUGACACUGAUUGGUCGUGGUUCUAUUUUGGGCAUAAAGGUUGCAAACAUCGUGCUAUUAAAACUGGUAAGAUUGUGCCUGAAAGGUCAAACAAUGAUAACAAACAACUCUGGCAUUGUGGGAAAUGCCAAGCUAACAUCACUGAAGUGGUACCUGUAUUCAAGCUUCAUUUGAUUGUGAGGGAUGACACAGAAACAUGUAAGUUGAUGCUGCUUAACACUGUUGGUAUGACCAUUGUUGGACAUGAAGCUGUUGAUCUGUGGGAUGGCUCCAAUGAUGAGAUUGAAGAUCCAGACCAGCUACCAGAACCUAUCAGAGAUUUAGUUGGAAAAUCUUUUUGUUUUGGCAUUUCUGUAAGCUCUGACAAUGUGACCAAUGAGGCAGAAACAUUUAAAGUUCUUGAGGUCUGGUUUGGAAAUGAAAUUCUUCAAGUGGAAUCCCAAUCCGAGCCUAACUCAAUGAUUGGCACAUCAUCUUCUACCAUGUCUUCGUGUGAUGUGCUCUUUCUGGAAGAUGCAAGCCAUAAUGAAUCAGAAGAAUGCAAAACACCUUUCACAAAACGCAAAGAGGAAGAUGCUGAUCUUCCAGACAAAACAUCAACUUCUAAAAAGUUGUGCCGAGCCUCAAUUAAAGUGGAAAAGGAGAAGGAAGAGUAA